AAUUAGAUACGUUUUUUAUUUUAUCUCACUAAAUACUUUUUUGAGGUUGGUGGAACGCGCUAAAUUAGAUUUUUCCCUAUCUGGGUGUCUGUCUGUUUACAUCUGAUAUCCGAGUUGCUUUUUUUGUUGCAUUCAAAUAAAAUAUGAAAAGAAACAGAUACAUAAAAUGUUUCUAAGAAGUGGCUCUUACAAUUAUUUCCUAUGAGUAGAAAUGGAAACAUUUUUGUUUGUUUAUUUGAAUUACAACUAAAAAAAGCAAUGCAAGGUAGGAAUAGAAGUGGGCCCUAGAAAGUAGUCAAAUGGCAUUCGAAAGAAAAGAAAUACAAUGAUAAAAAAACAAGUAAAAAGCUGUAGAAAGAACUGAAUAACUAUUUUACAUAGGAUGACACGUUCCUUUUCCAAGGCCGCAGAAUCAAUCUCUUCUCUACUAGUGAAUUCACAUGAAAAACAGUCUCUCCUUGUUUUCUGUUUCCAAGAUUCCCAAAUGGAGAUGUAAGAAAUCCUCAUGAAAAGGGUAUUUAACUCUUCGGUACACUACUAGUACAGGAGGGACAAUGCUUUCGGCUUUUUCUAUUUUUAUUUUACUUUGUUAGAAAUCUUUUUAUUUACUAAUUCUUCGUGUUCUGUCAACCUACAAUUGCCAUAUUUCAAAAAAAAAAAAAAAUUUGCACGAAAAGUCAUAUAACGAGUUUUGUGCUAAACUUGAACAGUGCUAAACAAACCAUUUUGAAGGAAUAACAGAAAUAGCCUUUUUUGUCGCUAAAUUCUUAAUUAAAGCUGAAGUUUUUUUUUUGGAACACUCUAUUCAUUGUCUUUACUUUUCUUCUUAAUUCCCAAAUUGCCCAUCAAGGAUAUCCCUUCGAUUAUACACUUGCGCACGAACCAAUCGCAAUGAACUUUUUAAAACCAUCUUCCUUUUCAUUAGCAAAACUGUUAACCGCAAAACCACCCGGUGAUUUGUCGAUAGAGGCUUUUCAACAUUUGUUACAACUGGUCGCUAUUGAUGCACCUUCCUCGGAAAUAGAGACAAAGGAAAUGAUUAAUAAACUAAAUGAAGGAAUUGGAAGAAUGCAUGCUAUGGAACAGGUCGAUACUUCUCACGUCGAUCAUCCGUUUCGCACAUUGAGUUUUCCAGUUGACGUGGAAGAAUUACGUUGCCCGACUGAAGAAGAUCAAACGAAAUGGAAUGUAUUUCAAAAUUCCAAAAUGUCCGAACCUCCCUACUUCGUUUCCAAAACGUCUUUUCCCACUACUUCUCUUGAUAAACCCUCUGGGAAUUAAAUUGUUUGCUUGAGGAGGACAAUUCACAGCUGAAGCGGCUACAAAAUUCAAAUGAUGAAACUUUUUCAUUUUUUUCGAAGUUAAAAGUUAAUCUACGAGUCAAUACCUAUGCUCUUCGUUAGAGAUUUCUUGUCACGCAUUGAGAAUCACAUCUCUCGUUGUCUUUUGCAACGUGCAAAACUUUCAAACGAGACAUAUACGGGACGAAUCGUUGUUGCUUUCUUACUUUUCUUUUUUUAUUUGCUUUCUUUGUCUUCUUCUCUUGUUUGACCUGUUAAUAAAGAGCAUCGCCAUAACAAACAUAGAAAUAUUAAUCAAAAGAGGCGUAUACGGACUGCUAAAACGACUAUACAAAGCAAGGAUCUUACCAAGGAACUUGUAAAAAAUCAUAAAAGGACCCACAAAAGAAAAGAAUCCCUUGACUCUCUCAAAUUCCGAGAAUUUAUGCUUUGAAUAAGCCGUUAAUGCCUUCUUGGCUGGUAGCUCCGAUGCUGGAACAGUAUAAUAAUUUGCUCCAUUAAUAAAAUAGUAAAUAGGGAGCUUUUCCACCAAUAGACGAACAGCCAGUUCUGGGUUGUCAUUUACAUAUACUCGGCCAAAUUGGAUAUUGGGGUAUGUUUCUUUCAUGUGAUGGGAUAGAUCCUGUAGGUUAGUAUCUUUUAUAAUUUAUAAACAUUUUUACUCUUUCCGCAUA